AUGAAAAAAAAAACUUUGGCUCGACUUAUAUCUGAUAGAUCACGACCCAUUAGCAGUAAGGUGAGAUCAGGGGUUGUCAAAGAGAAAAGGCAAACAGAAGCAUCGAGUUGUACGAAAUCGCAGCCGACAUUUGUGAUAUACGAGUUGUUAUUCAUCAAACAACCUCUUGGCUGUGAAGUGGUUGGCUUUGGCGGGUCUUUUAUGCCAAGCAAACCAAACAACAUCCAACGGUCUUUUAUGCCAUCAUCACAUGAAGCCUCUUCCUUACUUACCUUCCUCAUUCAAAAAUGCAGCGCCACAACCUUCCUCCCAAAAGCCCGUCAACUUCACGCCCUCAUCCUAAUCUCCACUCCCACCAACCUAAAAUCCCCAUAUCUAGACAACAACAUCAUUUCUAUGUAUGCACGAUGUGGUUCCCUGAUCGACUCUCAACUCCUAUUCGACAAAAUGCCUCACAGAACACUUGUUUCUUACAACGCACUCAUGGCGGCCUAUUCUCGCACCCAUACCCGUGCCCAUUUGGUGUUUAAUUUACUCAAACAAUUGGAAGAUGACAGUCUAAGACCAAAUGGGUCGACCUUCACGAGCCUGCUACAAGCAUCGUCUUGGUUUGAAGACCGCUUAUUAGGUUUGGCACUUCAUAGCCAUGUUGCAAAGUUUGGAUGCUUGAAUGAUGUAUGUGUUCAAACUUCUUUACUCUUGGUGUACUUAAUCUUUGAAGAUUUGGAAUCUGCAAAAGAAAUUUUCAUCCAUAUAGGUCAUAAGGAUGCUGUAGCCUGGAAUUCUAUAAUCUUUGGCUUUAUGAAAAAUGGUAACGUAAAGGAAGGCCUCGGUCUUUUUGGUAACAUGGUGAGCAGUGGAGCUGUUCCUACUCAAUUCACUUAUUCGAUGGUGUUGAAUGCUUGUAGCAGAUUGAGAGACUACGAUACAGGACAACUAGCUCAUGCCCAGGUGAUUGUAUCUGGGGCGACUUUUGACUUGCCUUUGCAGAAUGCCCUGCUUGACAUGUACUUUAGUUGUGGUGACCUUAACACAGCGUUUAGUGUCACUAGUAGAAUUGAGAAUCCAGAUUUAGUUUCAUGGAAUUCAAUGAUAGCUGGAUACUCAGAGAAUGGAGAUGGAGAGAGGGCAAUGGACGUAUUUGUCCAACUUUCUCGGACACCUUUUGCUAAACCGGAUGGACAUACUUUUGCAGCGGUCAUUUCCGCAACUGCUGCUUUCCCAGCUUCCAAUUAUGGAAAACCACUCCAUGCCCAAGUCAAGAAAGCAGGGUUUGGAAGGAGCGUCUAUGUUGGAAGUACAUUAAUUUCAGUGUACUUCAAUAAUGGUGAAACUGAGUUGGCUGAAAGAGUUUUCACUUCAAUUUCAGAGAAGGAUGUUGUUCUUUGGACUGACAUGAUCGCUGGUUAUUCUAGAGCGGGUGAUGGAGAGAGUGCUAUUAAGUUUUUUUGUGGAAUGUCACAAGAAGGCCAUAAGAUCGACAGCUUUGCCCUUAGUAGUGUUUUGAGUGCAUGUGCUGAACUUGCAACUCUGAAACAAGGAGAGAUGAUUCAAGCACAGGCUGUUAAGACAGGAUAUGAUGUUGAAAUGUCGGUGUGUGGUAGUCUCAUAGAUAUGUAUGCCAAAAUUGGUGACCUUCAACCCGCUGAAUUGAUCAUUUCCCAGGUAACAAACCCCGAUUUAAAGUGCUGGAAUGCUUUGCUUGGAGGAUAUGGCCUCCAUGGGAAGGCAGAAGAGGCAUUGAGAGUUUUCAGUGAAAUUCCAAAACAUGGCCUAAGACCAGAUCAAGUGACAUUUCUUUCUAUGCUUUCCGCUUGUGGUCAUUGUGGCUUGGUCGACAUGGGGAAGUUCUUGUGGACUCAUAUGAAAGAACUUGGUUUGAGAGCUGGGCCUAAGCACUAUUCUUGCAUGGUGAGUUUGUUAAGUCGAGCAGGACUACUAGAAGAGGCAGAAAAAAUGAUUAUUGCUUCGCCUUUUGUUGAUAAUUAUCUGGAGUUAUGGAGAACUCUGCUAAGCGCAUGUGUCCUUACUAGAAACACAAAAAUAGGGAUCCAUGCUGCUGAGCAAGUUUUAAGCAUAAGUACUGAAGACAGCGCAACAAAUGUAUUGCUCACGAAUCUUUAUGCUGCAGCAGGGAGAUGGGAUCGUGUUAAAGAAAUGAGGAGAAAGAUAAGAGGAAUGGUUUUGGAAAAAGAUCCUGGUCUAAGCUGGAUUGAGGUCAAGAACAGUUUCCAUGUAUUCACUUCCGGUGAUCAGUCGCAGACAAAGGUUGGUGAAAUGCAAACUGAAUUGCAUAGAUUGCAAGGAAACCUAAUGAGGUUGGAAACAUAUGAAAUUUGACCCAGAGGGCUCAUGUAUAUGAUGAAGAGACAAGACGAGACAAAACAAAAGACACGCAAGGAGCUUGGUGAAUUAGGAUUGGAUUUCAUGGUUGCAAGUUAUACACAGUACACAAGUAUCCCUUCUAUAAUAAGGGGUUAGGAUAGAGAAGUAGUUGGCAGUCUUGGCCCUGUUUUGGAGAGAGGGAUUCUCAAACUCGAAGCUAUGUCAUCAUUUGGACAGAGGGACCAAAUCUAUGACAAAA